CCAGAGCCGGCUGUGCGCCAGAGGUACCUUUCGCCAGGCCCGGCUUCGCCUCCAGUCCUCGGGGGACCGCCCCGCCCCGUCGUCCGUGUCUCGUCAUCCCGUCACCCCGGCCGGGUUCCCCCCGCCCUCUCCGGCCUGUGUCGGUCGCGGCUGCGCGCGCAGAGCCUGAGCGCGCGCCGGAGGGAAGGGGAAGCGGCGGGGUAGGAGCAGAUUAUGUGCAACAGUCCUUUUAAUUAAUCUAUCAUCAUCAUGGCUAAUGAGGGCUGUCCGAAGGCUUGUGAUAGUCCUUUUUCAUCAGAUAAACAUGCCCAACUCAUCUUGGCCCAGAUCAAUAAAAUGAGAAAUGGACAGCAUUUUUGUGAUGUGCAGCUGCAAGUUGGGAAGGAAACUUUUAAAGUUCAUCGGCUAGUUUUGGCUGCCAGUAGUCCUUACUUUGCAGCUUUGUUCACUGGAGGAAUGAAAGAGUCCUCAAAAGAUGUUGUACAGAUUCUAGGAAUUGAACCUGGAAUCUUUCAGAUACUUCUAGAUUUCAUUUACACAGGUGUAGUGAACAUAGGUGUGAAUAAUGUCCAGGAGUUGAUUGUUGCAGCAGACAUGCUACAGUUGACUGAAGUUGUUACUCUUUGCUGUGAAUUUCUGAAAGGCCAAAUUGAUCCACUGAACUGCAUUGGGAUCUUUCAGUUCUCUGAGCAAAUUGCCUGCCAUGAUCUUUUGGAAUUCACAGAAAACUACAUUCAUGUCCAUUUUUUGGAGGUUCAUUGUGGGGAAGAGUUCCUGGCACUUACAAAAGAUCAGCUGAUCAAAAUUUUGCGAAGUGAAGAGCUUAGCAUUGAGGAUGAAUACCAGGUCUUCUUAGCUGCAAUGCAAUGGAUUCUGAAAGAUCUGGGAAAGAGAAGAAAACAUGUGGUAGAAGUGCUAGACCCAAUUCGAUUCCCCUUAUUACCUCCUCAGAGGCUUUUAAAGUAUAUAGAAGGAGUAUCUGAUUUUAAUCUUCGUGUUGCAUUGCAAACACUUUUGAAAGAGUACUGUGAAGUAUGCAAAUCUCCAAAAGAGAACAAGUUUUGUAGUUUUCUGCAGACAUCUAAAGUUCGACCUCGGAAGAAAGCAAGAAAGUACCUAUAUGCAGUAGGUGGAUAUACUCGGUUGCAGGGGGGUCGUUGGAGUGAUAGCAGAGCCCUCAGCUGUGUAGAACGUUUUGACACCUUUAGCCAGUACUGGACCACUGUGUCUUCACUUCAUCAGGCUCGAUGUGGGCUGGGAGUAGCAGUUCUGGGAGGGAUGGUGUACGCUAUUGGAGGUGAAAAGGAUUCGAUGAUUUUUGACUGUACUGAAUGCUAUGAUCCAGUUACUAAACAGUGGACAACUGUAGCUUCAAUGAAUCAUCCCCGCUGUGGUUUAGGAGUGUGUGUGUGUUAUGGGGCCAUCUAUGCUUUGGGUGGAUGGGUUGGAGCUGAGAUAGGGAACACCAUUGAACGAUUUGAUCCUGAUGAAAAUAAAUGGGAAGUAGUUGGCAACAUGGCUGUGUCACGCUACUACUUUGGGUGCUGUGAAACGCAAGGUUUAAUUUAUGUAGUUGGGGGCAUCAGCAAUGAAGGCAUAGAGCUUCGUUCUUUUGAAGUUUAUGAUCCACUUUCUAAGCGUUGGUCUCCACUUCCUCCAAUGGGAACCAGAAGAGCAUAUCUUGGGGUGGCUGCCCUCAAUGACUGCAUCUAUUCUAUUGGAGGGUGGAAUGAGACCCAAGAUGCUCUUCAUACUGUAGAAAAAUAUUCCUUUGAAGAGGAAAAGUGGGUUGAAGUUGCCUCAAUGAAAGUGCCAAGAGCAGGCAUGUGUGUUGUGGCAGUCAAUGGUCUUCUGUAUGUUUCUGGAGGUCGAUCUUCCAGCCAUGAUUUCUUGGCCCCAGGUACCUUGGACUCAGUUGAAGUUUAUAACCCUCAUUCAGAUACAUGGACAGAAAUUGGUAACAUGAUCACCAGUCGUUGUGAAGGGGGUGUUGCUGUACUAUGAAAUAUAAAGCAUAAGAGCUCAAGGAACAUUUUGAAAAUGUAAGAUCUGACCUUUUGCAAAGCAGACAUAUAUUUGGUGAUAGUAUCCUCUGAUUCUAUUGUGUUUUCCAUGUGUUUGGUAGAGAAAUGACUAAAAGGUGAUUUUUCUAAAAAUUUUAUUGAGAACGGAUAUGAAAUAUAUCCUAAAUUAACAAAGAGCUCACACAAAUCUGCCACACUUACAAACAGUAGAAAUACUGUUUAUGCUCUAGAAUUGUCCAGUUAAGCGUAGAGUUCUAUUUGUAAAAAUUACUUGCUAAAAGCUUCUUGAAAAAUAGCCCCUUUAAAGCUUCUCCAGUACAAGUUGUAACAGGACCUUUAUAUGAUGUAGGAAUAAUAUCAAUGAGAGUUUAAAGAUUUCUAUACAUUCAUGAUUCAAUCCAGAGUGUACUUCUCCAUGGCCAUAGUUUGACCUACACAGAAAAGCCAAGGAAACAACUUCCUACUUUUAUUUGAUGCCAGGAGUUUUCACUAGCCCCAAACUUUGUAUUGGCAGCAGAUAUACUAGGAGGGGGUGUGUUUUGAAAACUUCUGCUUGCUUAUAUUUUUUGUCUUGAUCCUGAGAGUGCAAGUAAGGAAUUAAUAGGAGGAUCUUAGUGACAGUCCUGAUUGUAAUAAGAUGUUAUAAUGGGCGAUAGAGCCCAGCAGGCAGCAUGCACCUAGAAAUUUCUUCCUUAUUUUCUAGUUACCAAAAGUAUCUGUUUGGCUUUAGGAGGAGGCAAUUUUAUUAGAUUAUCCAGCUUUGUGAAAUUUACUUAUACUUGGGCAAGGCUAAAUAUGACCAUACGACAAAGCUGCUACCUGGCUUGGGGAAGCCUGAAUUCUAGGUACCUGUAAAACUGUUUAUAGACACUGACUCAUAAGUGUAAUUUGUAAGGCCCCCUUUAUCCAAAACUACUUCUCAAAACUUAUUAUUUUCUCCCUGAGAAGCGGUCAAAGGAUUGUUCUUUGUUUAGUUCUGAGAGGAAGAUUCAUCAUGUAUAUGAUCAUUACUUUUAAGUUAUUUCUACUGGCCUGUUGGAGCCAUGUAUUAAAGGUCUUGCAUACAUUAAGGUUUAACUAGUUGACUUAAGGAUUUGAUUUCCCAUUUCUUUACUAAUGUCCUUCAGUAUAUUAUUAUAAGCAACAGCAACUUAUUUAGAUAAGAAAACCUUGGGUCGCAUUAAUGACGUACGUAGAUAGCACUCAUAUCCAAAAUAUUUGGUUGGCUCACAAGGAUACUUUCUUUUAUAACUUAACCAUAUACGUAUGUAUUAGGAAAACCUUAUGUAAUACAGACAGAAAGCCCUGUGUCCCCUUCUCUGGGGUAUUCUGAAAGUCUGAAGGGUCACAGAUGCCUGGUAGAGAUCUGUAAGAUAUCAAAUAAAGUAUAACUUGUAGACUAAGCUCUAACUCUUAUGCCUUUAAUAUUUCUAGUUACAGAGAAUCUCUAUUCUGAUUCGAAACAGAUUUACAAAAUACUCCUACAAUUUAAUUCUCAUUAUUGUCUAGUACCAACUGAAAAUGGCACUGUGAAGGGAGGUGUUUUGCACUACUGUGGCAGAAAUAUAACGUCAAGACAAUCAGUGUUUGGGUUUAACAGGUCCAGACGAUCCCUGAAAAUAGGUAACUGUUUAAAUAUGCUUAUUAUUUCUUUGGUAAUGACAGAUUGUUUUUUAAAAGACUGUACUAAUAAAGUAUCUUGAUUUUU